UCAUCCGAUGGGCAUAUCCUUUUUGCAUUAAGUAUUCUACUUAUUCCUAGUAGAGUUCGCUUGCAUUUAAAAACAUUUGUUUUGGCAGUAUCUUCAAUUCCUGUACAUAUAAUGACAAGCACUAGAGGCUAUUCACAUAUUUGUAAGAUGCUCUGUGUUCUACAGUAAGUUGUUCUACAAAUAAUAGAGGAUAAGAUUUCAUACAAAGAGAGAAAAUGAGUUGGAUCACUCCAUCAACAGUAGCAACCGCUGUUUCAGCCUGUUUGGUUGCAUGGCUCCUGCAAAUUAUAGCCUAUUCACCAAUUUCACUCGGUCCCAGCAUUUUUCAGUCUGAUUAUAAAAGUGAAGGCCACUUUGUUAAGAACAAUGUUUUGCAGAGUGUUGAGAAAUUAGGGGAAGGCUUCUUGUACGGGCCAGAGGAUUUAGCUGUGGACAGCAAUGGACUAAUUUACACUGCAACUCAAGAUGGGUGGAUUAAACGUAUGCAUCCAAACGGAUCAUGGGAGGAAUGGAAGGAGGUGGGGGGAAGUCUUCUCGGCCUCACUGUGUCCAAGAGUGGACAUAUUAUUGUUUGUGAUCCUGCCAGGGGCCUGCUCAAAGUUAGUGAUGAGGAAGUCUCCGUUAUAGCUUCUGAAAUUGAAGGAGAAAAAAUCAGAUUUGUUGAUGCAGUUGUAGAAAGUAGUGAUGGAAGUUUAUAUUUCUCAGAUGCCAGCACCAAGUUUCCAUAUAGCCAGUGCAUUUUGGACUUUGUAGAAGGAGUACCAUAUGGCCGCCUUCUCAAAUAUGACCCAAAAACUAAGAAAACAAGUGUGCUGCUUGAUGGCCUUGGCUUUGCAAAUGGAGUAGCUCUUUCUGCAUCUGAAGAUUAUGUGGCUAUCUGUGAGACAUGGAAGUUUAGGUGUCUCAAAUAUUGGAUUAAAGGAGAGAAAUCCGGAAAAACAGAAGUUCUUGUGGAUAAUUUGCCUGGAGGCCCAGAUAACAUAAAUCUUGCUUCAGAUGGGCAUUCAUAUUGGAUAGCUAUCUUAAAGUUGCGUAUCAAGGCGGUACAAUUUAUGUUUGAAUAUCCCAUUUUAAGACAUAUAUUUGCAAGAUAUCCAUCAAUAUUGAAUUGGUUUGGGGUUACAACAGGUUGGGCAAUGGUGGCAAAGGUUGGAGAAGAUGGUACAAUAAUCAAAAUGUUUGAUGAUUCAAAUGGGAAAGUUAUAUCAUUUGUGACUUCUGCCAUGGAGGUGGGAGAAUACCUCUACUUAGGCAACCUCAAUACCAAAUUUCUUGGUCGACUAAAUUUGAAGUGAAUAGAUCAUCUUUUUAUAAUUAAAGGCCAUUCAAACAAUUUGAUCUUACAUAUUACCUGCACAAAAGUUAGAGAAUGUGACAUAAGUAGAUAUUUUCAAAAGAAUGGCUUUAUAUUUUAUUUGGA